AGAAAACCUCCACCUGGUGGGGAGCAGCAGAACAGAGGAGCUCCGUCAGCUGAGUCAGAGGAGGUGGAGGAGGCGCGGAUGGAUGCCAGCCCGGGAUCAGCCACCUCCAGAACCAGCACCAGCCCUCCUCCGACCGGGACCAGCUCCGGGUUUCAUCAUUAUCACGGGGAUGGAGGAGGAGGGCCUUGCUUCGAUCAACAUGGCGGACAACAAAGCGCAGGGACCGGGCUAACAGCGGCGGCGCACUCGGUACACGGCUCCACCAUGGACCAGGUCUACAACACCAACUCUCAGUACCACCACCCGAACCUCCGGGCCGGCUACGGGACCAGCGGGCACGGGGGCAUGAUGAGCCCCUCCCGGCAGGGGAACAGCCUGACGGGCCCGGCCAGCAAAGCGGCCAUGGCUGCCCCCAGCAGCCCCGGAGGGUUCCAGCGGCUCCCCGGACCGGGCCAGCAGCAGCAGCACCCGUCCGGGACCACGCCGACCCUAAACCAGCUAUUGACGUCCCCCAGCGCCAUGAUGCGCGGCUACGGAGGCGGCUAUUCGGACUACCCUGCGGAAGACACGGGCUCCCAGUACGACUCCGCGGCUCACGGCUGGGGGGGACAACAAAGGAGUCUCCCCCCGAGCAUCAGCCCGGGGAGCAACGGACCGAGCAGCGCCAGAUCUCAGGUGCCGCCCGUGGACCCGAUGGUGAUGAAACGCUCUCAGCUCUACGGGAUGAGCAGCAGCCCCUACCCCCAGCAGCGGGGGGCGCCGUACCCCGGACAGCCCUACGGAUCCACCUUCCCCCACAGAUACCAGAUGGGGAUGUCAGGCCGGGCCCAGACCGGGAUGGGAGGGAUGCAGUUCCCUCAGCAGCAGAUGGGCUCUCAGUUCGGCCAGCAGCAGAACAUGAGCGGUUACUGUCAGCCGCCGUACUUCAGCCCCCCGCAGCAACAAACCACCGCCCCCAGCCAACCGCCAUACAUGCAGCCCCGCCCACUGCCCCCGCAGGAAGUGCCACAGGAAGCAUAUGGGGGGCGGGGCAAGUCCGCAGCUAUGACUCCUGGGAAACCGAACCACGAGGAUGUGGGUCUGAGCCAACAGGAGAGACCUUCGAGUCUUCCGGAUCUGUCCGGCUCCAUCGAUGACCUCCCCACCGGCACUGAGGCCGCCAUCAGCUCAGGGGCUUCUGGUUCCAGCGGAUCUCAGGGCAGCCAGGGGUCUCCAGGGGCCCGUUCACCCUUCUCCCCCCACAUCUCAUCCCGCCUCCCCCUUCCGGCUCGAACGGGACCCUCUUCUGCAUCGUCACACGCCAGCUCCGACAGCCAGUCGCGGUCUGGACCUCUGUCCCCCUCCCCCAGCGGCCCAGGGUCUCAGUUGACCCCUCAGGUCUGUGGUCGUGGAUCAGAUGGUGGUCCUCACUCGUCCCAGUCAGCCAUGACUCCUGACAGAGGUUUCCCCCCCUCCAUGCAGUGCAGCACCCAGGGCUCCCAGUUUGAUGUCCCCCCCAUGUCCCCUCACCCAGCACCGGCGGGGCCGAUGCACCACAGCUCCUACCAGCAGAGCAGCCACUCCUACAGCCAGUUCAGCCCCCCAGGUAACUAUCCUCGGCCCCCCCACUAUGGCGGGACACCCAGUGCCAACUACAGCAGCCCAGGACAUGGACUGUCCAACAGCUUGGGGCCGAAUGCCACCAGCCCUAUGCACGGUCAGGGCCCCUCCACCCCGGCAAGCCGCAGCCUCGGGCCCAACACUGGAGGCCGCCCAUACCCCACCGGAGCCGGCUCAAUGGCCCCCACCUCCCCCAACAUGCCACAGGCUGCAGGACAGGGCAUGGGGCCUCCGGGGCCCAACUCCAACUGCAAACCUCCUGAGAUGGGCCUCAAUGCUGGCCCAGUUGCCAACUCCUUAUCAUCUGUGAGCGCCACUCAGGGCAGACCUCCUUUUUCUCGCUCGCCCGUCUUCCACCAGUCCUGGCAGGGGGGUCGACCUGCCCUUUCUCCUUCCCCUCACCCUCCUCACCCCUCCCAGCAGGGCACCGGGGCUCAGCAACUACGUGCUGUCCAGACCGCCCCAGAGCAUUAUGGGCAGGGCAGCUAUUCAGGUAUGAAGGCCAUGGGAGGUCCUGGAGGUCCUGGAGGUCCCUACAGCCACCAACCAGGCAGCAACUCUGGGAGGAUGACUCCACAGGGACCCCCCUACAGUGCUCCUGGUCUCAAGAUGAUGUCAGCAGACCUGAUGAGUCCUCACGGAGACGUCAAGCUGAGGAUCGAGCUCAGCAGAGAGGGUGUGGGUCCUACUGCUGACCCACCCAGACCCAAGGACAGCUACAGCUCUCAGUUUGUGUCUCAGCCCCCCUCCACCCUCUGCCCCAUGUCCCCCAGCUCAGCCAGCAUGUCUUCCUGGGUGGGGGAGGACAGUGGUAGCAUUAGCAGCCCUUCCUGGCUCAGGACUCCGCCCAGUCCCAAGCCCAACGUGGCCACCAUGACCAGCGAGAAGAUCACGCGUCUGUACGAGAUGGGCUCGGAGCCAGAGAGGAGACUUUGGGUGGACCGGUACCUGUCCUUCAUGGAGGAGAGGGGUACGCCCGUCCAGAACCUGCCCGCCGUUGGAAAGAAGCCUCUGGACCUCUGCAGGUUCUACCUGGCUGUGAGAGGGAUCGGAGGACUGGCCAUGGUGAACAAGAACAAGAAGUGGCGCGAGCUGUCCUCCCUGCUGAACCUGGGGACGUCCAGCAGCUCGGCCAGCUCCCUCAAGAAGCAGUACAUCCAGUACCUGUUCGCCUACGAGUGCAAGACGGAGCGAGGGGAGGAGCCUCCGCCCGACGCCAUGCUGUCUGCCAGGGACGCCAAGAAACCCCCGUCCCUCCAGGCCAGGAUCCAGCCUCCAUCUCCAGCCAACUCGGGCUCCCUGCAGGGCCCCAACACCCCUCAGUCCAGCAGCAGCUCGCUCACCGAGGCCCCUGUGGAGCUGAGGCCCCCGACCCCCGCCUCCACACCACACAGCCACUCGGGCCCCCAGUCUGGAACCAGGAGCGUGGGAGGUGUGAGUGUUCAGGACCCGUUUUCUGACGGCAACGAUCCAGCCUUCCAGAACAGGCGGGCCCCGGGUCCAGGAGGUGGUCCCUACCAGCAGGGAGGAGGUCCGGCUGACCCGGCGCUCCGGAUGCAGUACGAGACCAACAAAGAGCCAUACAGAGGCUCGAGGAAAGGCCCACUGUCUAAGGUCAAAGGUCAGAGUCCGAUCAGCCAGCUGGAGGACGAGCCGUGGUGCUGGGACGAGGCGCCGCUGUCCACGGCCGAGUCCUGGCAGGACUCUCUGGCCAGACGCUGCGUCUGCAUCUCCAACAUCAUGAGGAACCUCUCCUUUGUCCCCGGCAACGAAGCAGUCCUGUCACGGCACCCGGGCCUGGUUCUGAUCCUGGGCCGACUGGUGCUGCUGCAUCACCGCCACCGCCCCAGGAGGCGGACGCCCCCCAACUACCAGCGGGAGGAGGAGCAGGGCCUGGCCUGCAGCCGGGAUGAGUGGUGGUGGGACUGCGUGGCGGUGCUGCGGGAGAACACGCUGGUGACGCUGGCCAACAUGGCGGGUCAGCUGGACCUGUCUCUGUACCCUGAGACCGUCUGCCUGCCGGUCCUGGACGGGCUGCUGCACUGGAUGGUGUGUCCGUCCGCCGAGGCCCACGACCCGUUCUCCUCGGCCGGCGGCUUCUCGUCGCUCACGCCGCAGAGACUCGUCCUGGAGUGUCUCUGCAAGCUGAGCGUCCAGGACUGCAACGUGGACCUGCUGCUCGCCACGCCGCCCUUCAGCCGCCAGCAGCAGCUCUUCUCGGCGCUGCUGCGCCUGGUGGGCGAGAGGCGGAGCCAGGUGUGCCGGGAGAUGGCGGUGGCCGUGCUGUCCAACCUGGCGCGGGGCGACCCCACGGCGGCGAGGGCCAUCGCCCUGCAGAAAGGCAGCGUGGGAAUUCUGAUCGGGUUCCUGGAGGACAGCUUGGCCAUGGCCCAGUACCAGCAGAACCCUCAGGGCGUCCUGCACGCCGCGCUGCCGCCGGAGCCGCCCAGCAUCAACAUGAUGAGCCGCGCCGCCAAGGCGCUGCUGGCCAUGGCGAGCGUGGAGGAGAACCGGGCCGAGUUCGUUCUGUUCGAGAGCCGGCUGCUGGACAUGUCGCUGUCCGCCGCCCUCAACCCGGCGGUGGCGUCCAUCAUGUGUGAGGUUCUGUUCAAACUGAGCCGCUCGUGACACGAACACCGCCACGGAGCGCGCUCAGUGGGGCUGCGAGCGCGGAACCCCCCCGGGUCCUCCUCCGUUUUUAUUUAAAGUUUUUACAAAAGAUUAAAUAUAGAAAAUAUAUCUCCAUCCACAGAAACCUUUAGGUUAAAUUUUAAUACAAAAAUAUUUAAUACUUUUUAAGGUUUUCUUGUUUUGUUUGAACCAAAGUGUGGCGACGCUCGUGGUCGUUUGGGGGCGGGGUCUAUUUAAACGUGAUGUAGAUAAUCGUUGUGGGCGGAGGAAACGCCGACGUUCAGUCGAGUUCUUUGUUCUGGUGCAAUAAGUUUGUUUUAAUGUGAAUUCUUCC